CGCCGUAGCCCGUAUCCAGCUAGCACUCAUGAGUCAUGACAGAGUCCUCAACCAACGCGCGCAGGAAUAAACAAAAACACGAAAAAAUAGCCCGGAUUACCCCACGACGCAACUCCGGCCGGCCCCAAAGUUCCCAAUCAAUCAACCAAAUCGACGCUGUUUACCAACCGAAACCCGCCUAAUCCAGCCAAUCUCUAGUUUAUGCCAACCCGAGCCGAACUGCUUCCUUCCACCAUCCGGAAGUUCGGAGUUCUACCUUACCCCCAAUCUCUUCCUCCUCCGAUUCGCCUUCGCCCAAUCGACAAACCCUUUCCUUCCUUCCUUUGCUUCGUCCUACAGCGCCUCUGCCUGGUGUUGAUCCUUUGCUUGCUUACCGGAGCAGGGAAACGGAGCAUCGCACCCGCACCACACGGCACGGGGCCCUUUCUUGGAUUCUCGAGAGUAUAGGACAAGAGAAGGGAGAAGCAUUGCCUUUUUGGUCUCGAUUCUUUGUCGGCGCCAUGAGUAAUACUCUGCUUCGAAUCUACCCUUCAGAGCUCAAGAUGCCAUUCGAGCUCAAGAAGCAGAAUUCGGGAUGCAUCGAGCUCGUCAACAAGACCGAUCAGCCUGUGGCUUUCAAGAUGCGCCGCGCAAUAUGAAUAUGCAGGUGAAAACAACCAACCCAAGGAAGUACGCCGUGCGGCCUACCUCCCGCGUCGUGCCGCCAGGGGGAUCGUGCGGUGUCACAAUUACGAUGCAGGCACCCAAGGAGAUCCCUCAGGAUUACCACUGCAAGGACAAGUUUCUCGUUCAAAGCAUCAUGGUGCAGGAAGGGAUAACGGAUAAGGACAUUGUCCCUGAUAUGUUCAUCAGAGCGCCUGGUAAGGUGGUUGAGGAGUUUAAGCUGCGGGUGGUCUACAUCCCUGCCAAUCCCCCCUCACCGGUGCCUGAGGAAGAUGAAGAAGAGAUUGCAGAUUCGGAAGUGGACCAUGAAGUGUUUAGGCAAUCCAUGCUCGAUGCUGCAUCUAGGCAAGGAUAUACAUCUGCAUCACAAGCUUUAAAUUAUGAGGACGUCUUUAAGCUUAAGUCAGAAGUGGUUAAAUAUACAGCUGAGAACCAGAAGAUUCAGCAAGAACUGGAACUGCUUAGGAAGAGAAUGCAGUCUCAUGGGGAUUUGUCACCUAUGUUUGCGCUCCUCGUCUUCAUGUUAUCUGUUCUUGUUGGAUACUUGAUGACGGGCAGGAAUGCUUAGCGAGCAGCAACUACGCAGAGAUCGCUUUACCCUGCCCGGUUGCCCCUUGUUUUGGCUGAUUGCUUUUCUUCCCUUUUAGUACAGUUUAUACUGUAGAUAGAAAGCAUGUUCUGGGUCUGAAUAUAUAUACGUGUUAGGAUCUGGGAGCGUAAAUUUUUGGGGAAUAUGCAGAAGACUGCAUAUCUUCCAUGAAGAAUUCUCCCCCUUCUGAAUAAGAUUCAACUCGCAUCUUCGGUGGUUUUAUUGUUUUGUUUCCACGAUGCUCCUGUUUUGUUUCCUGAGCAAGGUAGAAGAAAAUUCUUUAGUGUCCAAAUUUGCACAUUUCUGAAUACAGUAACAGGCGGUAAAUUUCAGCGACUUGAGAUA